AUGGCCGAAGCAGACGAAGCCGCAAAGGCUGUUUUUCGCCACGAGUCUUUUUGCGACGAUGUGAAGCCCUCUGCGACUGCAGCCACAGCUGCUGUCUGCCCUAUCUUUAGCAUGGCAGACAACCCGGCCGUGCACAUGGACCCGGCGCACCGGGCGGCCGUGGAGAAGCGGCUGAAGCGCAAGCUGGAUGCCCGGUGCAGCCUCUUCGUGCUGAUCUACAUCAUGAACUAUCUUGACCGCAACAACAUCUCGGCCGCGCGGUUGAAGGGCCUGCAGAAGGACCUGCACAUUGACGACACGCAGUUUGCGACCUGUCUCAGCAUCGUCUACGUCGCCUACAUCCUGAUGCAGAUCCCGUCCAACGUGAUGAUCAACCGGGUCUCGCGGCCGUCUGUGUACAUUGGCGUCGCCGUCCUGCUCUGGGGCAUGAUCUCGACCCUUUCGGGCAACGUCCACAGUUUCGGCGGCAUGGUGGCCGUCCGCUUCUGCCUCGGCUUCGUCGAGGCCGCCUUCCUGCCGGGCGCCCUGAUGAUCCUGUCGCGGUGGUACACCAGGCGGGAGCUGACCUACCGCAACGCCAUCCUCUUCUGCGGCAACCUCAUCUCCAACGCGUUCUCCUCCCUGCUCGCGGCCGCCAUCCUGUCCAACAUGGACGGCGUCCUCGGCCACGCCGGCUGGCGAUGGAUGUUCUGGAUUGAGGGCGCCAUUACUAUGCUGAUCGCCAUCCUGGCCGCCUUCAUUUUGCCAGACCUGCCGCACAACUCGCGCGGCUUCACGGUCGAGGAGCUGCAGGUGGCCCAGCUUCGCAUGGCCGAGGACGUUGGCGAGGCCGACAUCGACUCCGAGGAGAUGGGCGUCCUGGACGGUCUCUUCCUUGCCGUCCGGGACUGGAAGAUCUACGUCAUGCUCAUCUUCUUCAUCGCCUACAUCAUCGGCCUCUCCUUCAACGCCUUCUUCCCUACCCUGACCGGUACUCUCGGCUUCGCCACCACGCCCACGCUGCUGAUGAGCGCCCCGCCGUGGGUCGCCGCCUGCAUCGUCUCUCUGCUCGUCUCGCUGCACGCGGACAGGACCCAGGAGAGAUUUUGGCAUGUCGUCGGCCCCAUCUGCGGCGGUCUUGUCGGCUUUGUCAUCAGCAUGUCCACACUCAAUACGGCUGCCCGCUACGUCGCGCUCUUCCUGCAGACGUCCUCGUAUGCUGGCUACGUCGUGACCUACAGCUGGCUGAUCAGCUCGUUCCCGCGUCCGCCUGCCAAGCGCGCCGUGGCCAUCGCCAUCAUCAACGGCUUCGGCCAGCUCGGUAACGUGGCCGGCUCGUACGUCUGGAACCUGCGAGACGACGGCUAUCGCAAGAGCUACGGCAUCGUCACCGCCAUGUUCGGCGUCACCAUUUGCGGCUGCAUCGUCUUCCGCUCGAUCCUGGCCCGCCAGAACAGAGAGCUAGAGCGCCAGGAGCAGCUGGAUUCUUCGGCCGACCCGCGUCUGGUGACGGGAGAGACUGUCAGCAAAGGAUUCCGCUUCUUGCUGUAG